AGAACGCGGGCGCUUCCGGGUUCGCUCGCCGGUGCGCGAGGCCGGCAUCCCCCGGCUGUCGCGGCCCUGCGCGUGGCGGGCGCAUCGCGGGGCGGCCGCGCGGGGAGGGCGGGGAUGGUGAAGGCCCAGGGGCUGGCGCCCGCGCGCGCCCCGCACCACCCCGUGGCCGAGCCAGCGCUGGCCAAGCAGCUCCCACGGAAGAAGAAAAAGAAGAAAAGAUUCUGGAAAAGCAAAGCGCGAGAAGCAGGCGGGAGACCGGGAGGCGACCCCUCGGCCGCGCUGCGACCCCCGAGAGCCCCGGAGGCCUUUUCCCAGAACUGGAAGGCGCUGCAGGAGGUGUUGAAACAGAAGUCACCGGCCCCAGAAAAGCCUCUUGUUCUCUCUCAGCGGGAUUCCAAAAAGCAGCCCCAAAUGACCCGACAGGACAGAAAGGCCGAGAGAGAGGAGGCGGGGACGGAAAAGGCAGGCGGAGAGGCGGCCGGGCGCUCCCCUCCUCCAGCAUCGCUGCCCAGCAAGGCCCGCGGAGCAGAGCACAGGGAGAGAGCAGCCAAGAGAAGGACAAAUGGUGACGUUUCUCCAAAACGAGGGGGUCUCACACAUCAGAAGCGGAAAGCCAGAGAGGCGCCGGCAGCCUUGGCCCCAGCCCCGCCCACCGAACGAGACAUCUGGUUCGAUGAUGUUGACCCGGCGGAUAUCGAAGCGGCCAUGGGCCCAGAGGCAGCCCAGAUAGCGAGGAAGCAGCGGGGCGAGAGGGAGAGCGGCGCGGCGCUGGUGAAGGAGCAGGCCUUCAGCGGCCUGACGAAAGCCUUAGCCAUGGACUGCGAGAUGGUGGGCGUGGGCCCCACGGGGGAGGAGAGCCUCGCCGCCCGAGUGUCCAUUGUGAACCAGUACGGGAAGUGUGUCUACGACAAGUACAUCAAGCCGACCCAGCCGGUGACGGACUACAGGACGGCGGUCAGCGGGGUCCGGCCGGAGCACCUCCAGCGGGGAGAAGCGUUUGCAGUCGUUCAGAAGGAAGUGGCCGAGAUGCUUCGGGGCCGGAUCCUCGUGGGACACUCGCUGCACAACGACUUAAAGGUGCUCCUUCUUGAUCAUCCGAGGAAGAAGGUUCGGGACACACAGAAAUACAAGCCUUUCAAGCGUCAGGUGCAGAGUGGAAGGCCGUCUCUGAAGCUGCUGGCGGAGAGGAUCCUGGGCGUGCGGGUGCAGCAGGCGGAGCACUGCUCGAUUCAGGAUGCCCAGGCAGCAAUGAGACUCUACAUCACGGUGAAGAAGGAGUGGGAACGCGCAGUCCAGGACAGGCGCCCCCCGCGGCCACUCCAGACCACGGCAGGCUGACGCGUAGUGGAGCCCACCCCCCAUGGCAGCGCUUGCGUCCACAGGCACUGUGACCAAGUCACAGGACAGCAGGGUCUCCCCAGAGUGGCACCAGAUCGUGGCAGCGGGAUGGGGCGCUCAUGCUGCCGAGGGCCACCUCUGUCCUCCGAUGGGAAAAGCGUUUGUCCUGGGCACAGCCAGCAGGCGGCCAAGCCCUAGCACCAUGUCCCCACCCCCAUGGCAGCCGCUCCGCUGCGUUCACCGGGUCCCUGGGCGGGAAGCAGCCAGGUGUUCACGCCUUCCUCCAAGGAGGCCCUUCCCUCCGCCGCAGCGAUGGGGAGUCUGCAGCCUCGAGGAGCCCAGACCACGGUCCGCAGCCAGCUCGGCCACGGCCUCGCCGAGGCGUUUCCUGUGGCCGCCCCGGGACUGGAGCUGGUGGUGCUCCUCCCUCCCCACCCACUGCCCGCCGAGCUUAGCCCCAGGGUCAGGCGCGCUGUGGCCAGGUCGGCCCAGGCUGCCCCGCGUGGUGGGCUGUUAGCACUGAGGUGCCUCCCGGGCCGGAGCCGACGUGCCCAUCUCGGGCGAUCUGACCAGGGUCUCAGAACGCGGGGAGCACCGGUGCCUGCAGCCCAAGGCUUCCCUGCGCCGACAGGUACAAAAAAGACCCAGCCCACUGAGGACGUGAUUGGACGGGAGCGAGGCUUUACUCGAGGUGGAGCUGCGGGGGCCUGCGUCCUCGCUCACAGCCGUCUGGAAGGGUUGUGGCAUCCGGCUGAGGCCCGUACAGAGACGCGUCCAGCAGCUGCCCCUUCCCUCCCCCCUAAGGAAAGGCCGGUUCAGCAGGCAGCUCCACGCGGCAGGACACAAGGCACCGGGCAGGAGGCGGGGACCGAGAGGUGUGGGCCCCCGGGGGCCGCAGCAGACGGUUCCUGGGCAGAGCAGGGCAGCCUGGCCGCCUCCAGCCUCUGCAGCACCUUCUCUGCGUAAGAGACCAGCUCCUGGGAGAGGAGACAGUGGCCGUCUCAGCUCCACAAGCGGGUGUCUGUGACUUCACUGGCCUUGAAGAGCUGAUGGCUGCCCUCUUAAGUUCCGACACGGACCCACAGGCAGCAGGAGGCGCCGAAACGGCACACAGCGCCAGGCCAGCCCUGCAGGAGCCUCGGUCGGGCUCCUGGACUCAGCCACCUGGGGGGAGGCGGUGAGGCCCGGUUCUCGGGGCCCUGCCCCCACUCACCAGGCUGGAGGUGAAGCGCUCCUUGAUCUCCCGGACCAGGGGCUGGAUGCCACUGGACACCAGCUCGCUCAGGGUGUCCUCUGUGGGCAGGGAGGGUCCUGAGGCCAGGCCUUCUCCCUCCAGAGCCCCACCCAGCCGAGCCAGCCCACAGCGCCCAGCUCAGGCACUUCCGAGGCGGCCAGCAGGACCUGGCUGGGCCCCAGCCUACUGAGGCUUGGCAUGAACACCCCGCCUGGGGCUCAGGAGCCAGCACCAGCCAGCCUGGCACAUGGUGGGCACUUGGGUCACGUGAAUGGGGCAUGUCAGAGGGGUCCCUCCCUUCGGGGAGAGCUGGGAGCAGCGUGUCCCUGCCCGCCGGCGUCCGGAGGGGUGGCGGGGGUUCUCACGGUAGGAAGCCAGGUGGACCAGCAGCAAGCACACAUUCUCCGCCACCUCCGGGUGGUCCUUGUGCAGCUCGUACGUGUCCCUGAUGAGGCUGAGGCCGCUGCCCUUCUCGUCGGCCACCACCACCCGCAGCGCCGCCAGCUCUGUGGGGCGAGGGGAGGCAGGAUGGGUUCAUCCCCUGCAGCCCCCUUGUCCUCUGGGAAACGGGGUGAGCACGGGGCCAGGUUGGAACAGUGGCCUCAGCCGUGGGAGGGGUUAGGUCACCGUUUCCCCACUGCAGGUGCAAAGCUUGUAAGACGUGCCCAGCUGUUUCCUAGUGGGGAGGGCAUGGGGUGCUCCACAGCGCCCCGUGUUAGGGGUCAGCCUGUGUGAGCAGUGACCUGGGGUGCCAUGUACACGACUCCUCAGGUCCGGGAACCUGGCAGACAGCCAGAGGGGCCCAGACACGUCUCACCCAACUCGCUCUGGGUCCUGACAGCCCUGCUUGUGAGCGGAGCUAAGUCCCUUCCGGCCUCAGCACCUCAGCCGCCCCUCCUGCCCCAAGGACCAGCUAGCCUCCCACACGGGCUGCAGGCGGGACCGGGCAGGGGCAGGCCCAGGCCCGUGCCUACGUCGAAGGGAAGAUCCUGCCACCCCCUUCAGAGCCCCCGUCCCCCCCGUGAAGGCCCCGCGCCUUCAGGCCCAGGCCGGCCCGGCUCACCCGACACCUUGGCGAGGCUGGCCAGCCCCCGGCAGGCGUUGUUCACCAGCAGGACGCGGUCCUGGCACAGCCGGAGGCUUUGCAGGAACAGCACGACCAUCUCCUCCAGCAGGUGCUCUGGGAUGCAGCCUGCGGGGGGGCAGGGGCCUCAUCACCUCCUGGGCGCAGGCCACCCCCAGCCCCAGGGGUCCGGGACCUCACCCAGCAAGGACAGCAGCCAGAGGACGGCACAGCCGGCCUCCGCCAUCUCCGUGUCCACUGGGUAGGCAGCCAGCAGCUCCACAAUGAGGCCCGGGGCCUUCUCCAGGGGGGCCUUGUCCAUGAUGUCAGCUGAACAGGACAGAGGAUGAUGCCAGGGCCUUGGGCACAUGCGGCUCCCCAACGCCACCCCCACCAAGAGAAGCUGGAGGGGGCCAGGUACCCUCGGAUGGGGAGGUGGCUGGGGUGGGGGUGGGGACUUCCACACGGGGUGUGAGCAGGGCAGAACUACUGCCCAGGUGCUGCUGGGCAAGACGGGGCCCGGAUUCCUUUCCUGGAUUAAAAAUGGGGCGUGGCUCAGUGGCUGAGCAUCGACCUAUGAACUAGGUCACAGUUGGAUUCCUGGUCAGGGCACGUGCCCGGGUUGCGGGCUCCAUCCCCAGUAGGGGGCGUGCAGGAGGCAGCCGAUCGCCGAUCCCCUCAUCAUGGAUGUUCCUCUCCCUCUCCCUCUGAAAUCAAUAAAGAUAAUUUGAAAAAAUAAAAAA